GCAAUCAGUAGGACCAGUCUAAUAAAUGCGUAUGUCGUCAUCGGUUUUUGUGUUGGUUCACAAAAUACUGCUUGUGUCGGUACACGUGUUUUUGUUUAGAAGCACAAAACUGGUCAGCUUUUUAAACUAAGAGAAAGAUGGCAAAGAGUAUGAGGAGUAAAAAGCGUCGAAAGAUGAGAAACCAAAAAAGGAUCAAAUGGGCUCCAAAAGUGAAUGCUAGAAUGCAGAGGAUAGCUGAGGCACUAAACAGCAAAGACAUUGACAUAACUCAGCUUGUUACAGUGAAGACAGUCAGUGAAAUAAAGAAAUCUGAAACCAAGGAAAAAACUGAUGUGAAGACAGUCAGUGAAAUAAAGAACUCUGAAACAAAGGAAAAAACUGAUGAUGCCCAUAUGGACGUUGACGUAGAAGUGAAAUCACGGGAUGCGAAAACACUCAAGGAUGAGGACGGACAUUACCCUGUAUGGAUGAAUCAGAGAGCAGUUAAAAAACACAGACAGAAAAUCAACAAAAUAAAGAGAGUCAAAAAGAAAGGUCGCAACAAGAGAGGUGCAUGGUGAUGUGGAACUGUUCUCCAUUUCUUUAAAACUGCUUCAGAAAAACAACAGCCAACUGUGAUGUUGUGUCUAUUUGUGAUGUGAAAGGAACAAAUCGAACAUCAAGUAAAUUGGUUGUGUUUCAUCCCACUCAUGAUAAAGCUACUGCAUUUAACAUGUUUCUGUAACUUUCAUAUGGAUGGGGGAAUACAUGCAGGUUAAAUUAAAUAUGAAAACGGUACACGGUACCUGUUUAUGUAACAUUUCUGUAACUUUCAUACGGAUGGGGAUACAUGCAGGUUACUAAAUAUGAAAACGGUACUACAAGGUACCUGUUUAUAUAACAUUUCUGUAACUUUCAUACGGAUGGGGAUACAUGCAAGUUAAAGAAAUAUAAAAACGGUACAUGGCACUUGUUUAUAUAACGUUUCUGUAACUUUCAUACGGAUGGGAAUACAUGCAGGUUAAACUAAAUAUAAAAACAGUACACGGCACUUGUUUAUGUAACGUUUCUGUAAUUUGUAUACGGAUGGGGAUACAUGCAGGUUAAACUAAAUAUAAAAACGGUACAUGGCACUUGUUUAUAUAACGUUUCUGUAACUUUCAUACGGAUGGGGAUACAUGCAGGUUAAACUAAAUAUAAAAACGGUACACGGUACUUGUUUAUACGUUUCUGUAAUUUGUAUAUGGAUGGGGAUACAUGCAGGUUAAACUAAAUAUAAAAACGGUACACGGUACUUGUUUAUACGUUUCUGUAAUUUGUAUAUGGAUGGGGAUACAUGCAGGUUAAACUAAAUAUAAAAACGGUACACGGUACUUGUUUAUACAACGUUUCUGUAAUUUGUAUACGGAUGGGAAUACAUGCAGGUUAAACUAAAUAUAAAAACGGUACACGGUACUUGUUUAUGUAACGUUUCUGUAACUUUCAUACGGAUGGGAAUACAUGCAGGUUAAACUAAAUAUAAAAACGGUACACGGCACUUGUUUAUAUAACGUUUCUGUAACUUUCAUACGGAUGGGAAUACAUGCAGGUUAAACUAAAUAUAAAAACGGUACAUGGCACUUGUUUAUAUAACGUUUCUGUAACUUUCAUACGGAUGGGAAUACAUGCAGGUUAAACUAAAUAUAAAAACGGUACACGGUACUUGUUUAUGUAACGUUUCUGUAAUUUGUAUACGGAUGGGGAUACAUGCAGGUUAAACUAAAUGUAUAAACAAGUGCCGUUUAUACAACGUUUCUGUAAUUUGUAUACGGAUGGGGAUACAUGCAGGUUAAACUAAAUGUAAAUGUGAAAACUGUACAUGGCACUUGUUUAUGUAACAUGUCUGUAGUUUUCAUACGGAUGGGGAUACAUGCAGGUGAAACUAAAUGUGAAAAUAGUACAUGGCACUUGUUUAUGUAACAUGUUUCUGUAAUAUGAAAACAGUACAAUGUGCAUGCAUCGGUUUAUAGAUAACCAGUUGACAAAAUAAUAUUAGGAGGAAAUGUGGUUGUAAAUAAACUUAUUGUGUAAUUCUUGAACAUACGCUUCAGAUUCACAUGCCAGUACGGUGUGUGUGUGUGUAUAUGCACCACAUGAAUAUAGACAUCAUGUACACAUGUAUACCAGAUAUGUUGGGUCUGUUGUACAUGUGUGUGUUUGUGAGAUUUCAUUUGUAAUGAAGAUGUUAGUUAUUUUGAUCAACCUCGAGUUGCUGGUUGACAUACAUGUACAGCUGUUUACAUUGAAACUGAAAUAAAUAUAUUCUGAUUGA